UCCGCUUCCGAGGCGGGGCAGAGAUGUACUUCCGGGGCGGGGAGCCCUUUCCCCCCUCCCCAAGAUGGCGGCGCCCGUGUCCCUGCUGGUGGAGUUCGGAGGUGGUGCAGAACUCUUGUUUGAUGGCAUUAAGAAACAUCAGGUGACUUUGCCUUGUCAGCAAGAGCCUUGGGACAUCAGAAACCUGCUAAAAUGGAUCAAACAAAAUCUGUUGAAAGAGAGAACAGAAUUAUUUAUUCAAGGGGACACUGUGCGACCAGGAAUUUUGGUGCUCAUCAAUGAUGCAGACUGGGAGCUAAUGGGUGAGCUGGAUUACAAACUCCAGGACCAGGAUAACGUGGUCUUCAUCUCAACAUUACAUGGUGGUUAAAUUCCUGGAAAAUGUGAGGACAUAAAACAAGAACCAGUGGGGCAAAACACCUGAGCUUCUUGAAUUGUUCAUGCCUAGUUUCCAAGUCAUGUCAGCUCAUUUACAGCGUGUUCUUAGUCAUGUUAAUAAAACCCAUGCCAGUAUGUGGCCCUGUGUGCACUUAAGUGGCAGCUUCCCUGUGGUUCUCCGGUAAUCUGUCCUGAUGCUGCAAUCCUAAGGGAUGAGAGAGCACCUACAGCCUUUGUUGACUUAAUUUCUCAUUCUCUGAAGGGGAAAAUAUAGUUUCUUGGAGUACGUGUGGGAUGAUGCCUCUAUCCUGGAGGCAGAAGCUUGAGGGAAUCAUGGCUAUACUUCAGGGCAAGGCUGUAUAGACCUUGUUUUGACUGCAGUAGCUGCUGCUGUUUGUACUGUUCUCACUUGGUAGAGUGCCUUUUAUACAAACUGUAUCCCAAAAUGCUUUUCAGAGUUAGUAGGCAAAGCUGAAAGGAAACGUGAAGUACAGAGAAGCAGGGAGAUGAUUUGGGGUGAAACUGCAUGAGGUUGAGAGUUGAUGGAAAUGUACGCUGUGGGGGGUAGAAGGGGGCUGGCACUCAUCUCCUUUGCCACUCUUCUUUGCAGAGUGUAUGCGAGUCUGUUUCAAUUCUGUAAUGCACCUGAGCAAAAGGAGUGUAGAGCACUGCCAAAUGAGAAUGGAAGCCUUUUAUACCUACUUUUCUUCAUGUCUUCUGUGGCUGUUUGCAUCAGUGCUUCAGAGCAUAAUAGGACUGCCUGGCAGGUCAGGUGCAGCAGAGUGCAUUGCUGCUGAGAUGGGAGGGAGAAGUGCAAGAACUAAAAUGAAUUGUUGGAUAACAAAUUCAGCUUUUAGUGUGUGUGUUUCUGUUCUGGGGAUAGCUUCUGAAGAGCUGGAGACCCAGAGAUUCUGCAGGGUGCCAGCCAUCUGGGCUUUUUAAUCUGAAAAGUAGCAGCUCUUUGCAGCAGGUCUUGAUCAGUCUGUGCAAGUGAAGCAGAGUUGAUACUCCCUGAAACGCAGCAUCUUUCCCUUAACCAUGUGUCUUUUGACCCUUCCCUCGAGAGGGACGCAGAGACGUCUCCAAGAGAUCAGAUGUUGGUGCAGCCAAAGUGCUAUUGGUGCAGAAGCCUUAAUGUUAGGACAAAGAUGUCAUUUGGUUUCUAGAACUAUUGCUGAAAAUGCAGACUGACCCAAAUGGCCAGGAAGGCUGUUCUCCCAAAGGUCACGUUUAAAGCACUGGAGGAGUGUGAGAGGUGAAAUUCCUGUAUGUAAAACGAAUGAGUGGCACCAACCAGAGUGUGGUAGUGAGAAGACUUCCCCCGUGCCUAUCCCACUCAUGAUCUUUGCUAGCUGUUGCCUGCCAGUACAGCCUCUCUCUAUUCUGGUACUGAUUCUCCAUAUAAUACAAGCGGUGGCCCCUACCGUGCUUGGAGCCCUCCUUAAUUGUUUCAGGAUAGUGGGUUUUCUUGAAGCAGAGGUGGCACUGAUUUCAGCCAGCUACUGCAUGUUUCCACCCCCCUGUGUCAACAGAGCUGACCAUUGCUAUUGUUCCUAUCCUGGGUCUCCCUUGAACUGGUUGUGUAGCAGCUGUCAUGCUGCAGUGGACUGCUGGCCUGUCAGGAAGGCUAGUCUGACACAGGCAAUAAGUAGCCAAUACAUGAAUCCUUCCCCGUGCUGCACCUAAUGGAUUAAGCAUUUUGUAUGGUAGGAAAGGAGUACAGAGACCAACUCCACUGCUGUGUGACCUGUAGUGCUCAGUUUGUCUGGUUUACCCUGAAGAACUAGAAAUCCUAUUGAAUGGUGAUGAUUAGCUUGUUAAUGUUCCUAAAGUGCUUUGAAGAUGAAAAACAUGAAGUGUUGCUGGUAAUAAAAUUAAUAUUGGGCCUCUUUGAAAUCCAGGUGCAGUAGCUGAGCCUGGCUGCUGCAGCUGUGAAUUACACAAGCCAAAGGCUCUUAUUUGUUCUCAAUUUACCUGCUAUUAACUUUACUGAGUAACUCCCUUGCAGACAAAAAGUAUAAAAAGGCUUGCAGAUAAAUCUGAGGACUAGCUGGAGAAUAGCAAAUUCCUGUUGUGCAUGACUUAAAACAGACUUGAAAUGAGGAAGGAAGAUGUGCAUUGAUCUUCAGAGCCCCUUUCUGCCCUGAUGUUCCUCAUCUUAAACUGUAUUCGUGCCUUUGGCUGGUCUUGUCUGUGUUUUGUUUUUAUUUUUAUUUUUCCCCCUGCUGUUUGCUCAGGGUAGGCUGAGUUUCUUUAUUGGGAAGCCUUAUUUCCCUUAAGGGUGCAGACAGGCCCAGACGGAUUAGGUUCUGCUGUAGUAAAAGCUGCCAAUCAUGGUGAGCAAAGCUAGAAAUAUCAAGGUGAGGGAAACUGGGCAUUGAGAGGGAAAUGCAGCAAAUUCCUGUAUUAGCAGAAGUUUCUGAAAUAAAAGGCUUUUUGAACAUG